AGCCAGUCCGCGCCCGAUCAAACCCUACCGUUUUGGAGAGAAGAAGAGAGGGAGGGCGGUCUUUGCAGACAGAGAGAGAUUGCAGAGAGGGAGGGCGGUCUUUGCAGACAGAGAGAGAUUGCAGAGAGGGAGAGUGCGUUUCUCCCUCUUCCCCUCUUUUUAAAAAUCCGACCGUUGAGCCUGUAAGUGGCCUACAGGGAAGUGACUUCUCACCCCCAUCGCCCUGCAGUUUUUUGGUAGAUUUGCCUGUAAGUGACUUACAGGUGAAUUUUCUCCCCCAAACACCACCUGUAACUGACUUCCCUGUAAGUCACUUCCCACUUAGCCAACUUACAGGCAUCCAAACAGGCGAUACAGUCUCAUUCCCAUUUCUCUUCCCAUCUAUUCAUGGCUUCCACCGCCUGUAGAAAACCUACCUUCACCUCUCUCCCCACCUAUAACCCCAUCAAAGCUCAUAAUUUUCAGGGAAGGUUUGGAUUGAAGAGGCUCUUCUUAUUGUCUGAGAAGAGAACUGCUCAUUCUCUUACUUUUAGGGGAUUUGAAUUGAGGUGCUGCAACAGAGAAAGAGAAAGGGAUAUGAGCUUCUCGUCAUUGCCCAACGAAGUCGCCGACAGCUUGGAUGAUCCCUCUUCUUCCCUCGAUUCAACAGGGAAGGAGCCGAGUGUUUCGACGAUAUUGAUGAAUUUUGGGAAUUCAUUCGAUCCAUAUGGUGCUCUCAGUACUCCCAUGUACCAGACAGCUACAUUCAAGCAGCCUUCAGCAACAGAGAAUGGGCCCUAUGAUUAUACUAGAAGUGGAAACCCUACUCGAGACACGUUGGAAAGGCUCCUAGCAAAGCUCGAUAAAGCUGACCGUGCAUUUUGCUUCACUAGCGGAAUGGCUGCUUUGACUUCUGUCACAAGUCUUGUUGAAACUGGCCAGGAAAUUGUUGCUGGAGAUGACAUAUAUGGUGGUUCUGAUCGGCUGCUUUCAAAAGUAAUUCCUAAGAAAGGAAUUGUGGUGAAACGAGUUAAUACAAGUGAUUUGAGCGAGGUUGCAUCUGCAAUUGGCCCGUGGACAAGGCUUGUGUGGCUGGAGAGUCCGACUAACCCCCGACAACAAAUUUCUGACAUACGGAAAAUAUCAGAGAUGGCUCAUGCACAUGGUGCUAUUGUGAUGGUGGAUAACAGUAUUAUGUCUCCUGUAUUAUCCCAGCCAAUAGAACUUGGAGCAGACAUUGUGAUGCACUCAGCUACCAAAUUCAUAGCUGGUCAUAGUGAUCUAAUGGCAGGAGUCCUUGCUGUAAAAGGUGAAAGCUUGGCGAAAGAGAUAGCCUUCCUACAAAAUGCAGAGGGAUCUGGGUUGGCUCCAUUUGACUGCUGGCUUUGCUUGCGUGGUAUUAAAACCAUGGUUUUGCGUGUUGAGAAGCAACAGGAGAAUGCACAAAAGAUUGCUGAAUUUCUUUCAUCUCAUCCUCGGGUGAAGAAAGUUAACUAUGCUGGCCUGCCUGGUCAUCCUGGACGCUCUUUACACUAUUCUCAGGCAAAGGGUGCUGGUUCUGUUCUAAGCUUUUUGACGGGGUCAUUGGAUCUCUCUAAGCAUAUUGUCGAAAGUACCAAGUAUUUCAGCAUUACUGUUAGUUUUGGAAGUGUGAAGUCUCUCAUAAGCUUGCCGUGCUUCAUGUCCCAUGCAAGUAUACCUGCGUCGGUUCGCGAGUUGAGGGGUUUGAGUGAGGAUCUGAUUCGCAUCUCUGUGGGCAUUGAGGACAUAAAUGAUCUUAUUGAAGAUUUGGACAAUGCAAUCAGAUCUGGACCAUUAUGAGGUUCUUGCUUCUCGUUGUACUAAGAUUAUAUCUAUUUCUGUAGAUUCUGCUAUUCCUUCGAAAGCUUAAUGUGGACAUUUCAUCAGUAGACAUUUGUGAGCAUUUUAAUGAAUGUGGUAUUUGGAGAAUAAUGUUUUAUGUUGGAUGUUCUUGCAAUGAAGGGGGAUGAUCUGAUUAAGAUUCGAA